GCUAGAGGCACCGCACAUGCGCACUGUCUCACUUCCCAAUCCAAACUACGAAACUGGACUGUAGACCGUCAGUUAUUCUGUAGUAAAGCUAAACCUUGUGCUCAGCAGCCACAGUAAUGGCUUCUGACUCCGAGCCAAGUGGUGUUUCGUUGCCCGUUGCUGGAAUAGCGAUAGCUGUAGUAUCAAGUUUCAUCAAUGGGUCGACAUUUGUGCUUCAGAAAAAGGGAAUAUUACGCUCCCGCGACAGAGGAGGGUCGUACCUCACAGACGUGGUGUGGUGGAGUGGCACAUUGUCCAUGAUUGUUGGUCAGAUUGGAAAUUUCCUGGCGUACAAUGUGGCCCCUGCUGUGAUAGUUACACCGCUAGGAGCCCUUGGAGUGUUAUUUGGGGCUGUGCUGGCUUCUUGGAUCUUAGAGGAGCAUUUGAAUAUCCUGGGAAAGCUUGGCUGUGUAUUAUGUUGCUGUGGCUCUGUUGUGCUCAUCAUCCAUGCCCCUAAAGCAGAGGCUGUAACGUCGAGACUGGAGUUAGAGGAGAGGCUAUCGGACCCAGUGUUUGUAAUGUAUGCCCUCUUGGUGGUCCUGCUGCUGGCCAUACUAAUUGGGUGGAUUGCUCCAGCUCACGGCGCAUCAAACAUCAUGGUGUAUGUCGCCAUAUGUUCCCUCUUGGGAAGCUUCACUGUUCCAAGCAGCAAAGGCCUUGGCCUGGUUGCACAAGACGUCUUUGGAGAAGGGCCCCCGAGCAGCAGAGCUCUGGCUCUCUUCCUGGGCUUGCUGGGGACGCUGGCUGUCAGCGUCCUGAUACAGUUCCUCUUCAUCAACAAGGCCUUGGAGGGUUUCAGCUCCAACGUGUUUGAAGCCAUGUACUAUGUGACGUUCACAUGCGCCGUCAUUCUUGCUUCUGCUCUUCUCUUCAAGGAGUGGACUGCGCUAACUUUAACCGACAGCCUCGCCAUGCUUUGUGGUCUGGCGACAGUGUGUGUCGGGGUCGUUUUACUCCGCAUUUCCCAAGAGGCUUUGAUUACUUGGAAGAAGAAGACUGACUGAUUGCGAUGCCUUCAUAUUUACAUGACUUUUGUGCCAUACUGCAUUUCUUAUAACACAGAGUCUAUACUUGAUGCAUGAAAUGACCAAAGCUACAGUGUAUUUAUAACUACUUUCACUUACCAUUUUACUUGAAUCUCCAUGCAGUUUCUUAUGGAGCAGUUCUCAGUUACUGUGUAACUCAGAAAUAUCACCCAAAGUAAAACACUAUGUUUUUCUUUAGAUAAUCAUUCCUUCUUUAAUUCCAUUAAUACUCACUAAUGUAACACUCAUCAUCACGAGACUGUCACUUCACCUCUCAUAGCUUUUAAACAACACAACACCGGUUAAUUUGGCAACUUCACGUUUUUACUAACUUCAAAUUGUUACAAAGCGGCCUACAAACCAUUGGUUAAAUAGGAACUGAAAAUAAUUCUGUUUACUUUCAUCUAGAGCAGAGGUUUUCAAAGUGGGAGGCAGGUCUUCUCAGGGGGGCUCCACACUAAAUCAGGGGAGGCUCAGUGAAUGGAAGAGAAAAAAAUAUUACUAUUAGUUAUCAAAAGGAGAUAGAAUAGCCUAAACGUGUGUUAUUUGGUUUCAAGAGAUAGUUCAGAGAUACAGUAGUCUGGGGGAAUUCUACUGUUGUUCCCACUUUCCCAGAGUCAGAAACUAAUAAAUGCCUUAGCACAGACCUUUAUUCAUGUAUUUGGUGUAGUCUGAAGUUAUGUCAAACAGCAAUAUUAGGCAAUCUUGGCUCAAUUGAUGAGUGUCUGUGAGAGCAAAUAACAUAAUCAUGAUCCCAUAGGUAUCCAGGAAUUGAGUGAAACUAAGCAUGUAAACUGGGGGGGCGCCUUUUUCCAAGCUUUAUCUGAGGGGAGGCCCACAGUCUCAGACUUUGAAAACCUGUUAUCUAGAGCCCUCAAGGCUUUAAUGGGCCACUUGAAUGUUCUCCCUAGGUCCAAAUGCUAAACUGUAUCAGUGCAGAAUCACCUACACUUGACUUAUUCAGUGUGCCUAUGAAUUAUUCAGUGUAAUUUCAGAA